UGAAAAAGAAAAAACGCAAAAUAGCACGAAAUGGCGUCCACACCGGAUUACAGCAGUUACGGACAGGCUGCAGGCCAGCAGGGAUACGGCUCCUAUGCUGCCCAGCCCUCUCAGCCCUAUGGACAGGGUUCCCAGCAGUCGUACGGCCAGCAGCAGGGCUACGGCUCCUACGCUCAGCCUGCGGAUUCCACGUACUCCCAGAGCGGUGGCUCAGCUGGAGGUGGCUACAACCAGCAGCCCUACGGAUCUUCAUACGGACAACAACCGCCAGCCAGUGGUGGUUACAGCGCCACCCCGGCUGCCCCUCAGGGCUACACUCAGCCCGUGCAGGGAUACGGUAGCAGCACUUAUGACGCCUCGUCUUCCUCAUCCAGCGGUAAUCAGCCCUCGUACAGCGGCCAGCCCGCUUACGGAAGCCAGUCUGGGUACGCUGGGUACGGACAACAGCCUGCCCCCUCCACCGCACCUCCAAGCUCCAGCGCGCAGCCGGCUGCGGGUUACGACCAGAGCUCGUACUCCCAGCAGCAGCAGCCGCCGCCGCAGCCGCAGCAGCAGCAGCAGCAGCAGGCAGGUUACCAGAGCCAGCAGGGCGGAUACGGGCAGCAGGGCUCCUACAACCAGCAGGGUGGAUACCAGCAGCAACCGCCGUCCUCUCAACAAGCUCCGCCAUCCAGCUACCCCCCACCGUCUGGUUCAUACGGGCAGCCUCCUUCCGGUCAGUACGGACAGCAGGGCGGCUCCGGAGGUCCAUAUGGGCAGAGUGACUACAAACCGCCUGGUAACUACAGGGCCCAGGAUCACCAGGGCGGCGGCUACUCGGAGUCCGGUGGUUUUGGUGGUGGAACGGGAGGGGGGGAGAACCGCGGCCGUGGCCGAGGAGGCUUCGACCGGGGCAUGAUGAGAGGAAUGCGCGGCGGCAUGAACCGAGGAGGCAUGGGCAGCGCUGGAGACAGAGGUGGCUUCAGUAAGCCUGGUGGACCCGAGGACAUAGGCCGCCCAGAGGAGCAGGAUGACUCUGAAAACAGCACCAUUUACAUCACCGGCCUGACCGAGAACGCCACGCUGGAUGAGGUGGCCGAGUUCUUUAAGGAGAGCGGCGUAAUUAGGAUUAAUAAGCGCACUGGCCUCCCUGCUAUAAACAUCUACACGGAUAAGGACUCCGGCAAACCCAAAGGUGACGCCACGCUGUCCUACGAGGAGCCUCCAUCUGCGAAGGCUGCGGUUCAGUGGUUUGAUGGUAAGGACUUUCAGGGCAAGAAGCUGAAGGUGUCGAUGGCCCGCCGGAAGCCCAUGAUGAUGAGGGGUGGAAUGCUCAUGAGGGGAGACCGCGGUGGCAUGAUGGGAAGAGGAGGCAUGAUGGGUCGAGGUGGCAUGGGUCGAGGCGGAGAGCGUGGGGGCUUCAUGCCCCGGGGUGCGCCGAGGGGCAUGGGCCGGGCAGCUGCAACCGGAGGAAAUCUGCAACAGCGGGCCGGAGACUGGACAUGUCCUAAUGCUGGAUGUGGGAACCAGAACUUCGCCUGGCGCAUGGAGUGCAAUCAGUGUAAGGCCCCCAAACCUGAAGGCUUCAUCCCACCCCCCUUCCCUCCAGGCGGUGAGCGAGGACGUGGUGGUCCCGGUGGCAUGCGCGGUGGGAGAGGCAUGGAUCGCGGAGGACCUGGUGGUCCGGGCGGCCCCGGAGGGUUCCGAGGCGGCAGAGGUGGAGACCGUGGGGGUGGAUUCAGAGGCGGGAGGGGCAUGGACAGGGGCGGCUUCGGUGGCAGAGGCAGAGGUGGCCCUCCAAUGGACGACAUGGGACGAAGGGGGCGAGGAAUGGGACCGCCAGGCAAAAUGGACAUAAAGGGAGAUCAUCGCCAGGAGAGGAGGGAGAGGCCGUACUGAGAACCGUGACUGAAAUUUCUCCCAACCUAUGUUCAUUAUGAAGAUUUUAAACUUGUUAUUCCAUAUUUAUAUUAAUGGUUAGUGGUAAUUGACCGUUAUUGUUACGUUGGUAGAAUUUUAUUUAGUUUAGCUUUUGUUUUAGUUGAGUUUGUGCUCCGAGUGGUUGUGAAUUCAGAUGCCGUGCAUGCUGUUCAGUGUACAGUUUCUUGUGGAACGAGCUAUUAAGUUUUUGUUUUAUAAGCGGCUCUCCCUCUUCAGUUCUGUACGACCCAUUCCUUGUAAAAAAUGUUGAAUUAAAAAACCAUUAAGCUCCA